AUGGACAGGGGGAGCAUUGAAAGAAGGGGAAAAGAACAAAGAAAAAGAAGGCAGUUAAGGGGUAAUGAAAGUAAAUGGGCAAACGUCAAUGACACAGAGGAUGAAAACCACUCUGGGACAGAGGAUGGAAAGAUAAAGGGACCUCCAGAGCAACUGCAGGGAAUUGAGCACCAAAAUGAUAAGAGUGCUGAUUCAAAUGUUGCACUUUUUUCUAUGAGGAGUGAUGACAGUGAAGAUGAAAUUUACAGUGACAGUUUUUCUGUUUCUUCUCCCAAUGAGGAUGACAAGAACAGCAAUGUUACUUCUUCUGCUGACAGUUGUGCUGGCAGAGGUAAUCAAAGUGGGGGCGCUCUUUUCCUGUCCUCGACCAAAUUGGAUGAUGACAAGGAGGAUACUGACAAGGGCCUGCAACAUAAUGUUGCUAGGGCUGGAAGUAACAAGACCCCCAAAUUCCAUACGUUUAGUCAUCUCAUAGACAUAAAUGGUCAUAAGGCAGAGACAGAUUCUGAAAAAGAGUUGGAAACUGUAGUGAGAAAAAAGUCUUUAGAUGAUGAGGAUGGAGAAUAUUGCAAUGUUGAUGAUGAAAAAGGUAAGAGUGACAGUAAAUCCAGUGAAGAAUAUGAAGAAUAUCCAAAAAAGCUUUAUUGCCACUCAGCCUACCCAAAGCAGGUCUUCCAGGCUCUAGAGAAAAUGAAGCAGUGUUCUUUCCUCACUGAUCUCAAACUGAUCACUGACAAUGGGCUUAUUUUCCAAGCUCACUCCCUUGUCCUGGCUGCAGUAAGCUCGGUCAUCCAAGAGAGACUUCAGGAGAGGGAUGUGGAGAAACCAAAAGAGAUGUUUUUGUGUUUGGGUCCAGAAGUAUCUGUUUUGGGCCUGUCUGCUGUGCUGGAGUUUGCCUACACUGGGGUCAUUAGUGAUCUGAAUAGAGAAUCUUUGCCUGAGACUCAGACUGCUGCUUUCAGCCUGGGAGUUCCCAGGGUGCUGGAGCUCUGUAAAGGAGAAGAGGAGAUGAAGAGAAAACAAGAUAGACAGCAGAUGGAGGAUAACAGGAAGACUUCUGCUACAGAGCAGAUGAAGGUCAGUCUGCAGUCCGUCAGGCAGCUGUGGGACAAUAGAGUGGGUUGUGAUGUGAAGCUGGAAGCUGAAGGAAGAAAAUUUCAUGCACAUAGGGUCCUACUCACUGCAAGCAGCGACUACUUCUAUGCCAUGUUCAGGAGUGGUAUGAGGGAGAGUCAUCAGGUCUCAGUGACCCUACUAAUGAUUGGGGAGCUUGAGCUUGAAGCCCUACUUUAUUUUGCCUACACUGGGGAUCUUCUUCUCAACUGGGGCUGUGUGUUUGAGCUCACCAGCGUGGCCCUUCAGUUCCAGUUCCAGCCUGCCCUCUCACUCUGUCUCAGCUUCAUGCAAAAAGAAAUGGAUGGGCACAACUGUCUUGAUGUAGCUGCUUUUGCUAAGGCAUAUGGGAUGACAGACUUACAAGAAACUGCAGAUGACUUUGUCCUUAGGCACUUUGAGGAUGUAGCGACCACUGGUAAGUUUCAGGACCUACCAGUGGAAAAGCUGAAGACAUAUCUGCAAAGCAAUGCUCUUUGCGUUGGAUCGGAGUUGGCUGUGUUCAAGGCAGUUGCAACUUGGAUUGAGGCCAAUCCCAAAAGGAGGGUGAAAGAGGCCAGGGAGCUUAUGGCAACUAUCCAGUUUCCCCUUAUGACCUUCAAGGAAUUCAAAGAAGUGAAGGCUAUAACCUCAUGGCCACAAGUCAGCACCAAAGUCCUCUAUGAGUCUCUGUUAGAAGAGUUCUGGUCCAGUACCUUUAAUGUCCAGUCAGACUUUAGGACCUACCUUCCUAAAGAGACCUUGGUCCUUGUUGGUGGUGAAAAGAUCACAGAAAAUUUUGAUAAGCGUACUCCAUGUAGGGACAUAUGGUUUAGCAACUCAUUCCGUAACUAUGUGGGGCUCACAAAGAGGAUUGAAUGGAGGCUGUUGACAGACUUACCAGAGACACCAAGAUUUAGCCACAGUGUUGGAGUGAUAAUGGGGAAGCUUUAUGUAGUUGGAGGACGACAUUAUUAUGGAGAGACUGACACUUUGAAAUGCACCUACAGGUAUGACCCAAUCCAGAAUAGUUGGGAAAGGUUGGCCAAUAUGCAUGAGAGAAGGAGCAGCUUUGCUCUUUUGGUUUUGGAUGAAAAAAUAUAUGCUAUAGGUGGAGACAGAGACUCAGAGGUUAAUGUAGAGAGUGUAGAAGUCUACUGCCCAAAUACAAACUUAUGGAGACUUGUUCAUCCCCUGGACCAGUGCCUAAGUGGCCAUGCUGCUAGUGUACUGAAUGGAGAGAUUUUCAUCUCAGGGGGCUUUGACUGCAGAUUCCAAUGCCUGGUCUCCAUGUUGCUGUACCACCCUGACAAAGGCACCAUGUGCUUGGCAGACAUGUCCCAGAGCCGGGCCCAGCACUGCAUGGAAACCUUUCAAGACUACCUUUACGUAGCCGGAGGUGUCUCAGCUGCUGACGGACAAUUAGUUGAUCAGCUAGCCUGUGAAUUCUAUGACCCAGUUGGUGACAUUUGGGCUGCCAUUAUGCCCAUGUCUGUUCCUCAUGUUAGUGCAGCAUCUGCAGUGUUAGAGGGAAAGAUCUAUAUCCUUGGUGGCUAUUCCCAAAAAGACUAUAGUGAUACAAAGCUGGUGCAUAGGUAUGAUACUGCAACACAACACUGGGAGACCAUGUGUGGAACACCAGGUCCUAACACAUAUGUAGCAACUUGUGUGCUUUCCAUACCUACUCACCUUAGAUGA